GUAUAGAUGUCUGGUCUGGAUUUUGUUGUUUGCUAAACUCGAACAUACACACACAUAUAUACCCAAGUGCUUGCACGCAUUCAAGACCGGCUCAGGCAAAAUAAAAGGCUUAGCCUCCUCCUCUUCUUCUUCUGCAACUCUUCUACUACACCUGUACGUGUGUUUGGAUGACGAAGGUCUACAAAUACACACUUCCAACAGGUUCAAAAGUGAUCAUCUUUUUUUUGCUUUUAUUGUUCCGACUUUAUCGGAAUCAGUGGAAACCACUGUCCUGUCUUCUUCUUCAUCGCCUUGCAGAACAAACAGCCUCUGCUAGAGCCCAUUCAACACUUCAAGAUGAGAUGGGCGCUAUUCCUGCUUUCCAUAAACCUGCUACAUCUUCACGCGAUUGGAUGCAGGAAGGAACUGUUCUACCAUCAUGUCUACAGAUACGGAUAUGAGAUCUUCUGCGACCAUAACAAUCACCAGGAACUGUACGAAACUUCCGUCUAUAACGAAAUCAUGCUCACAAUAACCGAAUCCAACGUUAAGUUAAACCCGACACUCUUCAAAAACAUCAAACGCAUUCGUGAAUUGAAUAUCACCAACUCCCACAUCACGUUCGAAAACAGCACGAAUUUCGAGUAUCUAUCUCAACUGGAAACCUUGAGUUUAACGCAUAAUAAAUUGAAGGCUUUAGAGCUGAACCUCCUCGAUGGACUGGUUACUCUUAAAAACUUAAACUUGCAGUUCAAUUAUUUAACCGGUUUUGCUGAUGGUACUUUCAGAGAUUUAUUAGCUAUGGAGGCUUUGAACUUGAGUCAUAACAGCUUAACCGAUCUGACAGGAUUGAACAUCUGCGAAUUGGAGAGUCUGCAACAAUUGGAUUUAUCGAAUAACGCUUUGACGAGCUUACAAAACAAUUCGUUCUCUUGUUUAGUUAAUCUAGAAAAACUCAAAUUGGAUAACAAUUAUCUCAGUGUUUUAGAUCACAUCUCCAGCAUUCGUUUGAGCGAAAUCCAUUUGAGGUUCAACUUUAUUUCAAAAAUUGGCAUUUUGAAUACAACUAACUUGCUGAAACUCGACUUGGAAGGGAACAGAUUGAUAAAUUUAGGUAGCAAAAACUUUAGCGAACUUAUAAACCUGACAUUUUUAAACUUGAGAAAUAAUUCCAUUGAGUUUAUUGAUAAAGAAACCUUCACGAACAACAAGAAAAUCACGAAUUUGAUGCUGGGUCACAAUAGGUUAGGAUUCAUUCACCUAAAUAUACCUUCUUUGGAAGUGCUAGAUUUACGUUUAAAUCAGUUCUAUGUGUUUGGAGAUAAACUGAAGCUACUAACUAGUCUGAAGAGUAUUGAUUUAUCUCAGAAUAAGAUAAUGAAAGUUGACAAUAAUACUUUUAAAAAUUUACACUCAUUGCGAGAACUGAAUUUGUCUAACAAUAAAUUCAAUAAUAUUUCAUUAAAUUUUAUGACUGACUCUCACCUGAACGUACUCAAUUUUUCGCAUAAUAAUCUCAGUGUUUUGAGUGAAGAUACUUUUAAAAACUUAAAGAAUUUGCACACUUUAGACAUGUCGUUCAAUCAGUUGGGUUAUUUGAAUGGAAGUAUUUUUGGUAACUUGGAGAACUUGGAGAUUCUGAAUAUAAGUUAUAACAAAUUGAAAGUUUUGGAUUACAAGGUUUUGGAACCUUUGGAGAAUCUGCACGUCCUAGUCUUGGAAGGAAAUCUUCUUGAAAAUGUAGAUUACAGCUCGAUCAUCAGUGAACUACCCAAUUUGGAUGUACUCAGUGUUAAGAACAAUCUGUUGACUUGUGAUUUCAUCGCUGGAAUGAUUAGGUACUUCAGGGAUAACGACAUCAAAUAUACAAUUAAUGAAGACUUUCAAUAUGAUAAAGAAAACGUGGCUGGGAUUUACUGUAAAGAAACUGAUGAUAAGAUAUCCUCUUUGCAAGAUACUAUUGGGGUUGUUUUGAACAACACGAAAAUGCUGAAUGAAUUGUAUAAUAUUUCCCAUGAGAAGAACUACAUUUCGUUGAGCGGAACCACGAUUGCUAUGAUAAUAGUAACAUUCAUAAUUUGUUUCUCAGUAUUUUGUAUUUUAGUCUAUAAAUUCGCCGUGUGGAAGCGGAGGAAAGAUUACAUCAUAGACGAACUGGAGUUAAUGAGCAGCAAAGGUCCAUAUAAAAGAUUCGCAAAUUGAUUGAUUGAAACGAAAUAAUACACCGAACAAAUGUAUGCUGUAAAUUACCGUCAUUAGAAGUAAUUAUUGUAUAGCAAUUGCAUAAGAAUUUCCCAAUUGACCACAAAGGAGAGUUAUGUAAGCGACUCGCACUGACGAUAUUUGUGAUGAUUGUGAUAUUGGUUGGAAAUUGGAAAAUAAGUUAAUAUAUUUGUAAAUUGAACCGUUUUUGAAUAAAUUUCUCAC